GGUUUCCCUACUGUAGCUAUGGCAUUCCCGAUUCCCUCGCACUUACCUCGCAAGAAGGAUGCUCGAGACGUCUCUACUCAGAUACUGACCAAAAUAUCUGAGACAACUCUGAAGGACCUCAACUCCAGCGCAGCGUCAUCCUGGGUCUCAGAAUUGGAGGACACCAUCUCACUAACGAAGGCUCACAUUCACGAGCGCAUCUCCAACGACCUUCCUGACUUCGAGCGACAACUAUCCACCUCCGUCUCUGUGCAAGAACGCUUGCAGUCCUUGUCACAGAAUGUCAAUGUCCUGAGCGAGAACAUAUCAAAUCCCCAGUCAGGUUUGGUCCCAAAUCUCCUCAGCACCCUCACAAGUCACGCCAAGCUUGCGCAAGAGGUUGCGGACGCGCGGUCAAGGCAUGACGCCCUCGCCCACUUGCUUCGGUGUAGGAACGAGCUGAAGCGGUUAACACGGCUCGUCGAAGGUGGCGAGCUGCCCGAAGCGACUACGGCUGGUUCAUCGCUUGAGGAAAGCAUUUCGCGCGCGCCGGAGCCGCUACAGAGGAGUGAGGUUAUGGCGGACCUCAAGCGCAAGUGCACGACACUGCGUAAUCGUACGGAAGAACAGCUUAUACACGCAUAUUCGCGUAGUAUAGUUAUCUCUGCAUCCGAGAUCGUUGUGCGACCGACAGUACGAGCUCCCCAGGGAACGUCGACAUUCCCCCUCUCGGCUAUUAUCACUUCCCUGUCUCCCGCCGCACUCUCCUCGCACGUAUCGACUCUGCGAAGGGACAUUAUUGCUCACUGCGUCGACUAUGUGCUAAAACAGCCCAUCACGAUCGAGCAAACCACCUCCAACGACAUCUCUGGCCCUGCGGAACACAAACUAUCCAUGUACCCUGCGCCGCCACAAGAAGAAGAUAUAACCUUCCGUGUCGAACGUCUUACAACUGUGGCGACGUUCCUCACCGAGCACCUCUUUCCCCAUUUCCCCGAGCCUGAGCGCAAGUCACUAGCGCUAUCCAUCUGCACGCCAAUACGCACGGCUAUCCUCAACCACUUGCUGCUGCCUAACCUGCCCUCGUCAUUAGCGAAGUUACCAGGCUACCUGCAGCUGGCAAAGCGUGCUGUCCGGGCGGAAGACGAUGUCAUUGUGGCAAUGCUAGGGGAUACAACUGGCGAACGGAGUGUCGGCGGGUGGGUAGACGCCGUCGGGCUGCACUAUGAGCGGAAGCGCCGAGCCGAGAUCCUCGACAGGGCUCGCGUCAUUGUCGUCAGCCCUCCGGACGACAGCAGCUCGUUCCGCGUGGAGGUACCCCUGGUCAUCGAGGAGGCAGCCCCGCCUGCUCUGUCUGAAAUCAAAGCGCCCGUGACGAACGGCGCGACAAAUGGGCACAAGACAAACGGAGACGCGGGUAUUGUUGUCGAUACCGAGGAGGCUGAGGUUGCUUGGGACUUUGAGGACGACACGCCUGUCGAGAGCGAGUCUUCCGGGGACGGCUGGGGCUUCGAGGAUGACGUUGAGCCUGAGCCCGAACCUACGCCCGAAGUCGAGGUCUCUCAACCACCAGAACCGGAACCAGCAGAAACAGAAGAGCCGCUUGAGGAGGACGAUCCAUGGGGCUGGACUGACGAUUCCGCGCCUGCUCCCGCCAACGACGAGGCGCCUGAAGAGGAUGACCCUUGGGGCGAUGCCUGGGACGAGAAGCCUAAGCAGGUAGUACUCAGCCCGGUACCUGCGCUGAAGCCUGCAAAGGGCCUACAGAAAUUCUCGAAGAGUGUACCAAACUCCCCCGCAUUCCCACCACCGAGGAGUCCUGCUAUCCAGCAGCCGCUCACACCCCAACCCAAUACGUUCAAGAAUCCGCCACAGCCACCGCCUGCACCUUUAGUAGUGAAGCCAGUACGCGUCACGGAGUCUUUCCUUGUGUCCGGACGGACGAAGGAGCUUCUGCGGCUCGUUGAAGACGUCCUUCGCGAGGGGGCUGACCUGGUCUCCUCUGGUAUCCUGGCAUCCUACGCGUCCACUUCGCCGGGAAGUGUAAUGAUGCAGGCGGCACCUAUGGCGCUCGAGCUCUUCCGAGCACUAGUUCCUGUCGCCAAUGCGAAUGUGCUCCAGCAGUCUGCAAGGGAGGCUAUGCGGUUCUCGAACGACUGCUCCUUUGUGGGCCAGGAGCUGCAGCAGAUGGUCGCGAAGUUGAGUGGACCCAAGGCGACUGCACGAGACAAGCUGGAGGAGGGAUUGGAGACUCUCAAGCUCCUUGCUGACAGCUGGUUCGAAGAUGCGAUUGCUCGCGAGGAGCGGUCGAUUGAGGAACUGCUGGAUGGCGCGCGAGGCUUUAUCGAUACCACGCACCAGGAGCGCUAUGAUGAGUGCGAGAGCGCAGUCAACGAAGUGCUCCGACGCAUUCGCAGGGUUUCCCCGCAAUGGAAGACGGUCUUGGCGAAGAGCAAGUACUAUGACGCGCUGGGCGCCGUGGUGCAGACAGCCAUCUCGCGUAUCCUGAGGGACGUGCUCACGCUGGAGGACAUAACGGAAGUCGAAUCGCACCGGCUCAGCGAAAUCUGCCACAUUCUGAACGCGUUGGAGGGGCUGUUCAUGGAAGACCCUGACCAUCCAUCGUUCGUCGUGUCGUAUGUCCCCUCGUGGUUGAAGUUCUCGUACCUUUCCGAGCUGCUGGAGGCCUCUAUCGCUGACAUCUCCUACUUGUUCGAAGAAGGCGCGCUUGUGGACUUCGAGAUCGAGGAGCUUGUAAAGCUCGUGCGGGCCCUAUUCGCCGACACGCCUCUGAGGGCCAAUACGAUCAACAGGCUGCUGCAGGGACACCCCGGGCGCGGAUCAUAGCGUCUUCUUUGGACUGUGCCUAUCAUGCUUUGGUUCCCUCGCUUCUGCACUGUACGUACCCUUGCUUACCUUCUGGACGGUAUAUUAUCACGGAUCAUCGGCGUACGUCAUUCGACUUUCCCAAUAAUCUAACAUGAGUCGGGUCGCGAAGGGGUUGGUUCGCAGGCGGCAGCAUGCCGCAGCCGUAUUCAUUAUACAAGACUGGAUUUCGAGCUCCGACUUAUCCCCCCUCACAGAAACGUGAGUUCGCGAAUCUGCUUCUCCAUCGGUUCUUUCUGCUCGUGGCCUACCGCAGUACCCCUGCAACACAUCCUCGAGGCGCAGAAGACAGGAAUUAUAGAGAUACACACUAUCGACCUCUAUGUUUCCAUCGCGCCUGCGACCAUCUCC